AUGUCGCGGGCUACCCCUCCGACAUGCGCUUUGACCAGAAGCCCGGCUAAGACAAAGGGUACCACGCCGCAAGAUGCAUCGGGGCUCUUCCAUACGCUACAAGCUCAUGUCGAUGACAUCCGCGGACUCAUACAAUGCGGGAUAUGUAUUCGCCCACUCUACGAACCCUACACCCUUGCCUGCGGUCACACAUUUUGCUACGGCUGCCUGACCUCAUGGUUCUCUGAAGGACGGCACAAUAAAACUUGCCCUGAUUGCCGGGCCCCGGUGAAAUCGCAGCCCGCUCCAGCGUACCUGGUCCGUGCAGUUGUCCAGUUGUUCACCAGUCGCGCCGAGCUUCUAGAUAAAGGAGAAACGACAGAUGAACACAAAACACAUCAGCUUGAGGAGGCGGAGAGGAUAGAGGCGGACAAGAAAAACCUGGAUCCAAGACAGGGAGGUCUAUUCCGGGGCACAUUCAACAAGGCAGGGCCUCCGCCCGCUGGACCCAUUAUUGACCUUGAGGACGGUGUCGUUCGUUGUCCGCAGUGUUCCUGGGAAUUGGAUGAGGAGGGCUGUGUGAACUGCGGAUAUCGGCCCGAUGAUGAUUCGAUGUCAGGUACCGAUUGGAGAAGUGACUCGGAUAACUCGGAAAUGACAGAUGAUCCAUAUGAGGACAUUGAUGAAGAAAUAGAGGAUGGCUUCGGGGAACCACCGGGCUUCGACUGGACAGAGUGGUAUGACGGAAUGCCGUUGGGGUCUCUUCCUGCUGAUUUUCGCUACGUUGCUCACCGUGAUCGCAAUGGCUACGGCUUAAUGCCUGGAAUGAUACCUGGCGCAUUUCCCCUCGAGUAUCCCUAUGGUCCUUCAGAUCUCGAUUCACACGGCUCUCAUGACUCUGUCCAUGAUGAGGAUGAUGAUGAGGACGAGGACGAGGAUGAGGAUAUGGAUUCCUUUAUUGAUGACGAUGAGCCAACAGAGAAUUACGCUUCAGAUUCAGACCGAUCAACCGUUGUUGGACAUCCUGAAUACAGCAGAGCUGAGUUACAUGCCAUAUUCAAUAACGAGUCGCCAGGCUCGGGAUAUAGCACCGCCCACCCUAGUACAUACCACUUAAAUGAGGCACCGGACAGCGAGGACGACGAAGACUCGGAUACGACCGACGGCAGCGAAGCUGAAGGUGACGACGAUGACGAGAACGAGAACGAAGAUGAUGACGAUGAAGACGAUGAUGAUGAGCCGAUUCGACCUGCCGCAGCUAUCAGUCGACGGCGCGGACCAACAUAUCAAAUAAUGUCAAGUUCUUCCCCCAAUGGUGCAACGACCAUAAACGGCGCAAAUUUGAAUUCACGCCCGCGAGCGCAGCCUCCAGUAGGCUCAUCCGCCAGCCGCGCCAUCUUUUUAGAUGACGAUGAUGACUCGGAGGAUCAAGGACCAGUCGCCGCUACGAGGCGAGCCAGGGGUCGCGGCAAUUUUGGGCCAUCAGUUUCCUAA